AUGAUGCAGGGUGGCGGUACCCAGAUCAUGGCGGGUCACGGCCAGAUUCGCGGUCCUGGUCAUAAUGCUGUCUUCGCCGACAACGAUGCUGAUGUACUCGUUUACCACUAUUACGAUGCUACCAGCGGCGAUGCUCGCAUUGGUAUCAACCUCCUCCGCUACGAUAACGGUUGGCCUGUUGCCUACUGA